UCCUGUGAGUGCCACUAGGUCAGUCGGAGACAUGACUCAUGCAGCAAGUCAUAUGCUAGGGCCCCUCAGCUUCCCAGAAGAUGGCAACGCAGAGCCCUCCACACUAGAGGAAGAUGCUGAGGGGGUGACCUGUGUACUCUGCUCCGUAGCAUUUGAUCUUGACAAGAACAAGACGGAUUUCUUUAAGCAUCUGCAAGUUGCUCAUAAUUUAGUUAUCGCGGAUAUCAACCUCAUUUGUGAUCUGAAAAGUUAUGUAGAGUACUGGCGGUUGAGGUUCAGCAAGGCCUCCUUUACUGAUGUUUGCACACUGGUUAAGUCAGCAUCUCAGACCACCAGUCCUCAAGAUGGAACAAGCAUCCAGUAUUAUUUAUUAUCGGACAUCAUCCCUGAGGAUAAGAAGUUACGAGAAGACCUUCAAGGGGAGAGGCUGCGUACGAUUCUCGGCACCCAGCAGGGAGAGCGGGACGACUCCACUUUCUCCCGGGGGUGCCUCUUCUGCCGGGAACACUUUGAAGGCAACAGGGCAGAGCUCUUCAACCAUAUGGCAUUCGAUCACCACUUUAGUGUCGGACAACCAAAUAACAUAGUAUUUGCUAAUGAAUUUCUGGAUAUCCUGGAAGGAAAGUUAGACAGUUUCAAGUGCCUCUACUGUGAUAAAACCUUCAAGGACAGACUAAUCUUGAAGGAACACAUGAGAAAGAAGAUGCACAAGAGACUCAACCCCAAGAAUCCGAUCUAUGACAAGUUCUACGUCAUCAACUACCUGGAGCUAGGCAAGAACUGGGAGGCGGUUAAGUCGGAGGAGGAGGGCGAGGGCGGUAAUCUGGCCGAUCUGGAAAAGGAGGACAACUGGGAGGACUGGCAGGAGGAUUCUGGGAUAGGUGCUGUGUGUCUUUUCUGCUCGGUCAGUGCCACUAAUAUCAAGACCCUGGAAACACACAUGUUGAGUCAGCACAAAUUUAAUCUGGAGCAAAUGAAACAGGGUCUGAACUUCUAUCUGCAAGUGAAGUUGAUCAACUACAUCCGACGCUGCGUCCAUCAGCGAGCUUGUAUCUCCUGCAAGGAAUCGUUCCAAAGCAGAGUGGCUCUGCUUGAUCACAUGACAUCACUGGGUCACAUGACACAGCUACCGUCCAGGGAUGACUGGGACCAGCCUCAAUAUUUCUUUCCAACAUAUGAGAAUGACAGCCUCCUGUGUGAACUUGAAGAUGAUGAGAAUGAAGAUGCAGGACAGUUAGAGAAGACGCCCAUCAUUGCUGAAGAUGCUCCUGUUCCUGCAGAAAGCAUCUUAAGAGAUCAAAACGUUCUUAAAGGAUUGCAAGACAGUUGAAAAGAGAGGAGAACCGGGCCACAGUGGCAGUAGUGAUAAUACUGGACAAAUAGUUAAGAUGCCCAUCAUUGCAGAAGAUGCUCCUGUUCCUGCUGACAGCAUCUUAAGAGAUAAAAACAUUUUCUAGGGAUUGCAAGACAGUUUUUAUCUACAUUUGUUGUGAAGAAAUGAGCACAUCUCAAAAUGUGUUCAGCUGACGAUAAUAUAUUUUAUGUGGGCAUUAUUAUACAAAUGUAUCUUAUUUUGCCUGUCAGGAGAUGCUACUUUUUAUAAAUAAGGUCACAUGGUCUUAUACAGUUAGUACAGUAGGUCAGCCAUUCUCAAAUUUUCUUCUUUUUUUUCCCCCCAGAUUUUUUUUUUUAGACCUAAACUUAGUUAA